AUGUUAAGUGGAUUGUUUCUUAUUUCAGUCUCCUCUACCCUUGUGUGGUUCGGAACUCGUGUGCCCCAGUACAGCACAGUAAAGAAAGAAAGCAUGUCAAUGGACGACGCAAAAAUGUUUCCUGUUUUGGGAUCUGUUAUACUUGUCAGUCUUUUCUGUGCUCUGAGAUAUCUCCCCAAAAACAUGAUAAACACGCUGUUCAGAGCAAUCUUUUCAAUGACAGGAACGGUUUCUCUGUACAAGAUAUUUAAAAUGGUGCAUGAGCACUUCACAGGCCCUGCAAAAACAGAGGCGGACAAGAAAAAGAAAGAUCUCGAGAGUAAGCCAAAGGCAGAGAAGGACGGAAAAGCCGCAAAAAAAGAAGAAAAAGAGUCCAAAAAGACAGAAGACUCUUCCAAGCCAGAAAAUGCAGCCACUUCAUCGGUCUUUGACAUGGCUUCUCUGAAAUCAGACAUUAUCGAAGCAUACAGCGAAGUAAAAGAGGCCAUAAACUCUCAGUUUGAAGAGCUCAAGUAUCUCCCGUACGGCUGUCUGUUUGUGCUCUCUCUGGCAGUUAAUCUGUGGUACUUCAAAACAAAAAGCAUCAUGUCGUCAAACAUUCUCGCAUGCGCUUUCUCCAUUAUGGGAAUACAAGAGAUCAGGCCAGACUCGACAAAGACCGUGCUUGUGCUCCUUGGGCUUCUCUUUGUAUACGACAUAUUCUGGGUGUUCUGCACGCCUGUGAUGCUGGGAGUGGCAAAGGGCCUGGACAUUCCCAUUAAGAUAGUGUAUCCGUUUGCGAAAAAGGGAGGAAGCAUGAUCGGCCUGGGAGACAUUGUCAUUCCCGGCCUGUUCCUUGCCCUUGCAAGAGAAUUUGCCCACAAAAACAGCUCUCCUUUUGUGUUUUUUGGAGGCUUUGUGGGGUAUGUUUUGGCGCUCAUCAUUACCUUUGCGGUUGUGAUAAUGUUCAAGGCCGGACAGCCAGCUCUUCUUUACAUAUGCCCGCUGAUUGUUGCAGGGAGCAUGGCAGGCGCGCUGUUCCACAAGAAAACAAAGCAAUUCAUUGAUUACAAGUCAGAAUAA